CGGCGCGUCGUUCGCCACCCCACCUGAGCCGGCCGGCAGUCGCUAUCGCGCGCUUGUGUUGCACGGUAGUUCGUUGCCGCUUAGAGCAGCGACACGUCACUAACUUUCGAAAAACGUAAAAACUUUCCAAGAAAAACUAACCAAUUAAAUUGGGCCAAACAGACUCCACCCAACGUUUCAACAUUUGUUCAAACUUUUGAACUAACUAGAUAGGGUUUUUCUAAGAUUGUCCUAAGAUCAGUGCUUGUGUUUGCCAGUAGCAGUGUGGUGUACGGUGUUGAUGUGGUGUGUAGUGGUCUGAAGAUGUGGGGCGCCGGGGAGGCGUGCUGGCUGCUGGCGGUGGUAACGCUGCUGGCAACGGUCGCCGCUCAGAUCGACACGAGACGAUUAUCAGGCGACACAAUAUGCCCGAGCGGUAUGUUUCGGUGCCCGGAGGGCAAGUGCAUCCCGGCGUUGUGGGUGUGCAACUACCAGCGCGACUGCGAGAAGGGCGAGGAUGAAUUCCAGUCUUGUCCGCCCCCGGAGUGCGAGGUGGGCCAGCUGACAUGCGGGCAGUACGUGUGGAACAAGACGUACUGCAUCCCGCCGCACUACCGGUGCGACAUGCGAGUUGACUGCGUCGACGGCACCGACGAAGCGGACUGCGUAUACCGCAAAUGUCAAGUCGACGACUUCCAAUGCGGCGUGGAGGGAACCGGGUCAGGGAAGGUUUCUACCCAGGGUCCUUGCAUACCCAAAGAGAAGAAAUGUGACGGGUACUUAGAUUGUAGGACGGGUAGAGACGAGCAAGAUUGUCCGGGACAAACUAAAGCUUGUCAGCUGGACCAGUACAGGUGCGCGUCCGGAGAUAAGUGCAUAGAAGCAUCAGCAAAAUGUGAUCACAAAAACGACUGCGGCGACAACUCAGACGAAGCUAACUGCAGUUUCCCACCUUGCCAUAGCGCUCAGUUCCGUUGCAGCAACGCUUUGUGCAUCCCCACAACCUACCACUGCGAUGGGUACAAGGACUGCGCGGAUGGCUCUGAUGAAGCCAACUGCACAGUCAUCGCCUGCCCCGACAACAAAUAUCUAUGUCCGCACGGAGGGCCAGGCGGCUCGCACAAGUGCAUCGCCAGGUCACAGCUGUGUGAUGGAAAACGAGAUUGUGAGGAUAAUGCUGAUGAAGAAAAUGCUUGCUCGACGCUGUCGUGCCCGGCCCUGGAGUGCGAGUACAAGUGCGUGGCGUCGCCCAACGGAGGCGCGUGCGCGUGCGCCGGCGGACUCACGCUCGCCGCCGACAACCGCACGUGCGUCGACCGCGACGAGUGCCGCGAGUGGGGCCCGUGCCACCAGCUCUGCGUUAACACGCCGGGCUCGUACACGUGCGCGUGCGCGCCGGGCUACGUGUCGGGCGCGGGCGGGCGCUGCGCGGCGCGCGCGGAGGGCGCGUGGCUGGCGCUGGCGCACGAGCGCGGCGCGCUGCGGCUGGACCUGCUGGGCCGCGCGCCCGCGCCGCUGGCCAACGCCAGCGCCGCCGCCGGCCUGGACUACCACUACCGCCGCAACCUGCUCUUCUGGUCCGACCUCAAGACCAGGAAGAUCCACUCGCAGCCGCUGAACGCUCCGGCCGGCAUCAGCUCGUACGGGGGCGGCGACAUCUCCAUCGCGGGCUCGUGGGCGCCCGUGGCGCUGGCGGUGGACUGGGUGGGCGACAAGCUGUACGUGGUGGACGCGAUGGGGCAGAAGGUGGACGUGUUCGAGCUGGACGGGCGCUGGCACGCCGUGGUGCUGGGCUCCAACCUCACCAGCCCCGCGGACAUCGCGCUCGAUCCCACGCUUGGUCUCAUGUUCAUCGCCGACAGCAGCCAGAUUGUUCGAGCAAAUAUGGAUGGAACUCAUUCUAAAUCGAUAGUUUCCGAAGCGACAUACAAAGCGUCCGGUAUAGCGGUAGAUACAAUAGCGAGGCGUGUAUUUUGGUGCGACUCCUUGUUAGACUACAUCGAAACCGUCGAUUAUGAUGGAAACUACCGUUUUCUGGUUCUUAGAGGUCAACAAGUUCCUAGUCCGUCGAGGUUAGCCCUGUUUGAGGACAGGGUGUACUGGUCGGACAGUACUAAACAAGGAAUCAGUUCUGUCAACAAAUACGAGGGUUCAUCAAGCAUUCAGGCGAUAUUCAAAACGAAAGAUAUUAGGGAGCCGAAGGCGUUAACUGUUAUACAUUCUCUGAAACAGACUUCCGUCAAUAAUCCUUGUGGCCAUAACAACGGAGGUUGUUCACAAAUGUGUAUAGUGACAGCACUUCAAAAUGGAGGAUUAGGAUACAGAUGUGCUUGUAACAUUGGAUAUAGAUUAGAAACUGACCUGAGAAACUGUGAUAUAAUAAAAGAGUUCCUAAUGUAUUCCCAGCAGAGAUUUAUCAAGGGUAAAGUUUUAGACCCGGUCAUCGAAGGGUUCAGUGAAGCUAUUUUACCGGUUGUGUCAAGAAGAGCGAGGUUUGUUGGGUUAGACUUUGAUGCUAGAGAUGAACAUAUAUACUAUUCCGACGUUCUACAAGAUGUAAUUUAUAGAAUACACAGAAAUGGAACAACAAAAGAAAUCGUUUUGGCGUCCCAAAAUGAAGGUGUUGAAGGUUUAGCAGUGGAUUGGGCAUCAAAGAAUUUAUACUAUAUUGAUUCGAGAAAAGGUACACUCAAUGUUUUAUCGACGAGAAAUGUAGCUUACAAACGGACCCUUUUGAAAGAUUUGAAGCGACCUCGAGCUAUAGUAGUUCAUCCGAAUAAAGGAUUCAUUUUCUUCUCGGAAUGGGAUCGUCCAGCGAAUAUAAGUCGUGCCAACACAGAUGGCAGCGGUCUAUUGGUCUUCGAAAAUUUAACACUGGGAUGGCCAAACGGAUUAUCCAUUGACUUUGAUGCCGAUCGAGUUUACUGGUGUGAUGCUUUAUUAGAUCACGUACAACACGCGAAAUUAGACGGAACAGAUGUGAAAACUGUAAAUUCAAGAUUAAUUAGACAUCCAUUCUCGAUCGUCAUUCAUAAAGAUUUUAUGUACAUAACUGACUGGAGAUUAGACGCUAUUGUUCGCUUACAUAAAUUGACAGGGGAACAGGAAGAUAUAAUGGUCAGAGAACCGCAAACAAAUAGGCUUUACGGCGUUAAGGUGUACAGUGAGGAUAUCCAAAAGAUCGAACCUAUGCAGCCCUGCGCGAGGAACAAUGGAAACUGCCAAAAGUUCUGCUUUGCUAUUCCCAGAAACAACACCGAAUUGUUGACUGUCAAAUGCGGUUGUCCAUAUGGUGAAAAGUUAGCGCCUGAUGAAACGAGCUGUAUCCCAGAUCCGAACUCAGAGCCACCAGUUCAGGCCUGUCCUAAUGCAUGGGAUUUCACUUGUAAUAAUCAAAGAUGUAUUCCUAAGAGUUGGGUUUGCGACGGAGACGAUGACUGCUUAGAUAACAGCGACGAAGAACAGAACUGUACCAAGACGACGUGCAACGGGUCGGAGUUCAUGUGCAAGUCGGGGCGCUGCAUCCCCGCCACGUUCAAGUGCGACUCGGAGAACGACUGCGGCGACUACUCGGACGAGGCGGGCUGCGUCAACGUGACGUGCAGCUCGUCGCAGUUCCGGUGCGGCAACGGCCGCUGCGUGCCCGCCACCUGGAGGUGCGACUCGGAGAACGACUGCGGGGACGGCUCCGACGAGGGCUCGCACUGCGCCGACAAGACCUGCGCUUACUUCCAGUUCACGUGUCCACGCACCGGUCACUGCAUACCGGCGUCCUGGGUGUGCGACGGAGACGACGACUGCUUCGACAAGCAAGACGAGGCGGACUGCCCGCCGGUGUCCUGUCUCGCAUCUCAGUUCAAAUGUGCCGACCUCAAGCAGUGCGUCCAGGAGGCGUACAAGUGCGACGGCAUCCCGGACUGCAACGACGGCUCGGACGAGGCGGGCUGCCCGGCGCCGGCGCCGCACCAGUGCGCGGCCGAGCGCCAGUUCCAGUGCGCGGCGUCCGGCCUGUGCGUGCCGCGCGCCUGGUUCUGCGACGGCACGCCGGACUGCGAGGACCUGUCGGACGAGCCGGCGGGCUGCGGGCCCGCGGCGUGCGGCGCCGGCCACUUCCGCUGCGACAGCGGCCGCUGCGUGUUCCGCGCCGCCGUGUGCGACGGCCGCGACGACUGCGGCGACGGCUCCGACGAGGGCGCGCGCCACGCCUGCGAGCCGCCGCCCUUCAGAUGUCCAUCGGGACAAUGGCAAUGUGAAGGUGUAUCCAACCGCUGUGUCAAUAUCACUCAAGUCUGCGACAACAAAUUCGACUGUCCGAACGGAGCCGACGAGGGGCCGGCGUGCGACUUCGGCCUGUGCGCGCACAGCCAGUGCUCCAACGGCUGCGCGGCCACGCCGGCGGGCGCGCUGUGCCUGUGCCCGGCCGGCGAGCGCCUGCGCGACGGCCGCGAGUGCGAGGACGAGGACGAGUGCGAGCCGCCGGGCCGCUGCUCGCAGCUGUGCCGCAACACCAAGCGCUCGUACUCCUGCGCCUGCGUGCCGGGCUACCGCCUGGCGGCCGACAAGCACGGCUGCAAGGCCGACAACCACUCGAGCGCCUUCCUCAUCGUCUCCAACCGCCACUCGAUCCUCGUCGCCGACCUCGACGAGCAGGGCCUCGAGCGCGUGCCGAUCGACGUCGAGAACGUCGUCGCGACCGCCUCCGACAUGCACACGGGCACGAUCUUCUGGUCGGACAUGAAACUGAAGAAGAUAUCGCGGCUCGACCGCGGUGGCGAGCCGCAGGUCAUCGUGUCGACGGGCCUCGACCUGGUGGAGGGGCUGGCGUACGACUGGGUGGGCGGCAACAUCUACUGGCUGGACAGCAAGCUGAACACCAUCGAGGUGGCGCGCGAGGACGGCAGCGCGCGCACGGCGCUACUGAGCGCCAACAUCACGCAGCCGCGCGGCAUGUGCCUGGACCCGGCACCCGACGCGCGUUGGCUGUUCUGGACCGACUGGGGGGAGAACCCGCGCGUCGAGAGAAUCGGCAUGGACGGCACUCAGCGCAUGGCCAUUAUCACGACCAAAAUUUACUGGCCCAACGGCUUGACUCUGGACACGGCGACGCAGAGGGUCUAUUUCGCGGAUUCCAAACUGGACUUCAUCGACUUUUGCAACUACGAUGGCUCGGGUCGUCAACAGGUUUUAGCCGGCAGCCACUACUUACUGCAUCCUCACUCGCUCACUCUAUUCGAAGACACCCUGUACUGGACCGAUCGACAGUUGAAUAGGGUUUUGUCGGCUCAUAAGUUCAGAGGGACGAACCAAACGGUGGUGUCGCAUCUGAUUUCCCAACCUCUGUCUAUACAUGUUCAUCAUCCGUCUUUGCAACCGCAAUACCCUUCACCGUGCAAGAAAGACACUUGCGGACACCUCUGCUUAUUGAGUCCUAACAACACUAUAGGAUACAGGUGCAUGUGCAAACCGGGAUUUAAAUUGUUGCCUGAUGGAAAGUGUAUUGAAGAUGAAAUCCCAUAUCUGAUGGUUCUUAAAGGAUCACAAAUAAUAGACUUAGCAACAGAUGGAUCGGGAAGAGCUGCUCAAUUGCCUCCGGUUGUUGGAAUUCAAGGUGGAGUACAGCUGGAUUAUGAUCGUCAAGGCCAUACGCUUUACUGGCUUCAGUCGAUAUCAGGUGACAGCGAAGAUGACGAGAACUGCACAAUCUACACUAUGCCUUAUGGUGGUGGCAAUAAAGUUGAAUUCUUGGGCCAAGAUACUGGUAUUGUCGGAUCUCCUUCUGCAAUUGCUUUUGACUGGUUAGGACGCAAUUUGUUCAUAGCGAACAAAGCUGCAAGUAAUAUAGAAGUUGUUCGAGUUGACGGCAAAGUGAAAUUCCGAAAUAUCGUGUUUGUAAACGAUGGCACUCCUACGUCGAUAGCCAAACCUAAAGGAUUAUGUCUGGAUCCUACGGAAGGAAAAAUUUAUUGGGCUGAUGAGGGUGGUUAUGGAGUACCUCCGAAGAUAGGAAAAGUUAACAUGGAUGGUAGUGAAUCAAUUAUUCUAGUGGAUACUUUGGAAAGGCCAGAGGCUGUCGCCAUCGAUAUUGAAAAAAAGAUUGUCUAUUUUAGCGUAGUGUACCCACCUGCUAUUAAAAGUGUUAACACUGAAGGAAACGAUUUUAGGACCAUUUUAUCCGAAGAGAACGCCAUUUCCUUCCCGAAAGUAAUCGCAGUGCUAGAUUCUCGUUUAUAUGCACUAGAUACACUGCAUGAAAAAAUUAUCAAAGCAGAUCUUCCCAAUGGGGAUAACAUUAAAGUUAUAAUGGACAACGAAAGCGAUCUCAAAUCUUUAACCAUAUUCCAAAAGAGGAAGAUGAUGCAUCAUCCCUGCUCAUCUAAUAAUGGAGGAUGUGAACAGAUAUGCAUUCCCAGUGAAGGAGGAUCGAGAGUUUGUGCUUGUUCUAUUGGGUACAGAAAAGAAAAUGAAGUCAACUGCGUUCCUUUCAAAACUUUUGCUGUGGUAUCGCAAUUAGAUCUCAUUAGAGGGUACGACCUUAACGGUAGCUCAGAAGCAAUGGUGCCAGUUACUGGUCGAGGACACCAUAUACUCCACGUUGAUGUCAAUUUUGCGGAAAACCAUAUAUAUUGGGUAGAAUUCAAUCGAGGUCAAUGGAAUGGUAUUUUCCGUAUCAGACCGAACGGUUCUGAGAUUGAACAUAUUGUCAAAGAAGGUAUUGGCAGCAACGGCAUACGAGGUCUAGCGGUAGAUUGGGUUGCCGGAAAUUUAUAUUUCACAAAUGUAUUUCCACAUGAAAAUUAUGUGGAAAUGUCUUGGCUCGAUGGAUCGAACAGAAAAGUUCUAGUUAAAACCACUAUGGAUGCUCCAAGAGAACUAGCAGUAAACCCGCUGAAACGUCUUCUUUAUUGGAUAGAUUACGGUCAAUACCCUCGAAUCGGUAAAAGUUACCUUGAUGGUAGCAACUGGCAAACAUUAGUGAGCUCAGGAAUUUCAAAUCCAAGAGAUUUAACAAUAGAUAUGUUAACUCACGAUGUUUACUGGGUAGAUUCAAAACUGGAUCAGAUACAAAAAAUAUCAUACAAUGGCGGUAACAGACAGCUUAUUCGAUCAAACUUGCCUAACCCUAUGGGUAUUGCUAUUCACACUGGAAGUGUUUACUGGGUCGAUAGAAACUUACAGACAAUUUAUAAAGCAUCCAAACUACCAGGUGUCACAUCGCUACCAGAAAAGAUACGAACUAACCUACCUAAAUUAAGAGAUAUCGUCAUAUUUGAUAUAAAUAACCAACCCACUGACGAAAAUAACCCAUGCCGAAAACUUGGUAAUGGAGGUUGUGAACAACUAUGCUUCAGUUAUCCUCCAGACGCUAAUAAAGGAUAUACGCAUCGCUGUGAGUGCGCCACUGGUGAAGUUUCACAGAAUAAUCCCAAAAAAUGCGAUGCCGUUGAUGAAUAUUUGGUUUUCACAACCAGAACUGAAAUUCGUGCUGUUAAUUUGGAUCCUAAAUCCACAGGAGUACCGUUCAAACCCAUCGGAAACCUUACUAAUGUUGUUGGCGUUGAAUUUGAUUAUGCAGACAAUAAAUUAUUCUUCACGCAAAUAAGACCCUGGGCGAGGAUAGCUUGGAUGUCUGCGAUUAAUCCAGACCCAUCUGGCAUUCAAAACAUUAUUAGUAAAAAUAUUAACCCUGAAGGAAUAUCAUAUGAUUGGACACAAAAGAAAAUUUACUGGACAGACAGUUCAAAUAACUCUAUUUACGCUAUGAAUUUAGAUGGUACGGAAUUGGUAAUGAUAGCGAGAGUCGAACGUCCUAGAGCUAUUGUCGUUGACCCUUGCAAUGGAACUUUGUACUAUACGGAUUGGGGUCGAUUUGGAACUUCUGGCAAAAUUUACAGAACUACCAUGGCUGGAUCUUUAAAGAAGGCUAUUAUUGAUAAAGAUCUUUCACAACCCAGUGGCCUUACUAUUGAUUUUGACGACAAUAUGUUGUACUGGACCGACGCAGUUCGUGAAAAAAUAGAACGAUCUAAAUUAGAUGGUUCUGAUCGAGAAGUAUUAAUUUCUGCGACAAUAUAUCCAUUUGCCAUAACGGUGUUUGGUAACUAUAUUUAUUGGACAGAUUUACAACUGCGCGGUGUAUACAGAGCCGAAAAACAUACUGGAGCAAAUAUGGUAGAAAUGGUUAAAAGGUUAGAAGAUUCACCACGUGACAUUCAUGUUUAUAGCACUAAGAGACAGAAAUGUCAGAGAAAUCUAUGUAAUAUUAAUAAUGGAGGGUGUGCACAAAGCUGUCAUCCUGCGCCCAACAACUCAGUUGAAUGUAAAUGUGACGAUAAUACUAAGUUAGUAAAUGAAGGAAGAAUGUGUGUUGCGAAAAAUAUUACUUGUGACCCUAGUAAGUUCUUCUGUGCCAAUGGCAAAUGUAUAAGCCGUAUGUGGUCAUGCGAUGGAGAUGAUGACUGUGGCGAUAAUUCUGACGAAGAGAAAAAUUAUUGCGCAUACCAUUCUUGUUCACCGAAUGAAUUCCGCUGUAAUAAUGGUCGGUGUAUAUUCAAAUCAUGGAAAUGUGACCACGAAAAUGAUUGCAAAGACGGAUCAGAUGAAGAAGGUUGUGUGUACCCACCCUGUGCCGAUGGUGAAUUUACUUGUCUUAACUCUCGCUGCAUUCCAAAAACGCAAGUUUGUAACGGUAUAAACGACUGCAAAGAUAACAUAACAUCCGACGAAACACACGAGAGAUGCCCAAGAAACACAACUUGCCCAGCAAAUCACCUUAAAUGUGAAAAAACUAAUAUAUGUGUAGAACCGUACUGGCUUUGUGAUGGAGAUAAUGAUUGUGGAGACAAUUCUGACGAAGAUCCACUACAUUGUGCUCAAAGAACCUGUCCACAGAACAGCUUCCGCUGCCCUAACCAUAGAUGUAUACCAGCCACAUGGUACUGUGAUGGUGACGACGACUGUGGUGAUGGUGCUGAUGAACCUCCAGAAUAUUGUCGUUCGGAGGGUAGGACAUGUUUCGGCGACUUAUUUACGUGCGACAAUGGCAACUGCAUACCAAGGAUUUAUAUAUGCGAUGGGGAUAACGACUGUUUAGACAACAGUGACGAAGACGAUAGACAUCAGUGCAACGAAAGAAAGUGUGAUGCUGAAACAGAAUACACAUGUGAAGAGAAUAAAUUCUGGGGCAGAGCUCAGUGUAUACCUAAAAAGUGGCUAUGCGAUGGCGAUCCAGAUUGUAUAGACGGAAGUGAUGAAAAUUCAACCAUACAUCAUUGCUCCACUCCUACUCCUUGUUCCGAUGAUCAAUUCCAAUGUAAUAAUGGCCGUUGUAUAAACGAAGGCUGGGUGUGUGAUCAUGAUAAUGACUGUGGGGAUGGAUCAGAUGAAGGAAAACAAUGUAAUACGAAAUAUAAAACAUGUACUGAGCAAGAGUUUAGGUGUCAGAACUUCAAGUGUAUUCGAAAUCAUUUCAGAUGUGAUGGAGAAGAUGAUUGUGGAGAUCAUUCUGAUGAAGUAGGGUGUAUGAAAGAAAAUAAGACCUGCCCAAUGGGACAAUUCAAAUGUAACAACGACCAAUGUAUAGAUAAUCGGCUGGUCUGUAAUAAAGUUUCAGAUUGUACCGAUGAUUCUGACGAGCCUGCGCACUGUAACGUCGAUGAAUGUGCGAAGUUAGAAAUAAAUCAGUGCGGACACAAAUGUAUAGAUACAUUAACUGGAUAUUAUUGUGAUUGUAAUCAAGGAUACAAGCUGUUGAGUGACGGUAAAGCUUGCGCUGAUAUAGACGAAUGUGUAGAAACACCUGGUGUGUGUUCUCAAUAUUGUUCAAAUACUCCAGGUUCAUAUUAUUGUAAAUGCAACGACCAAUAUUACGAGAGAGAGGCUGACGAACACACAUGUAAAAGGAAAGACAAUACUACUGCAUGGAUCAUUUUCACAAACAAAUAUUAUGUAAGAAAUAUGUCCACUGACGCUUCUCUAUAUAAUUUAGUUCAUCAAGACCUUGUGAACGUAGUUGCAAUAGAUUUUGACAUCAGAGAAAACAAAAUAUAUUUCGCAGAUGUUUCCGCCAAGACAAUUUAUCGAUCUGAUUAUUCUGAUCCAAACCCAACGAAGGAAGUGGUUAUACGACACGAUUCCCAUGGCCUAGAGGGUAUUGCGAUAGAUUGGAUAGGAAGAAAAAUAUAUUGGUUAGAUCGACAUUCUAAGAAUUUAGAUGUGGCUGAGUUAGAUGGCACUAGAAGGAAAACACUUAAAACUGGAAUUGCUGAUCCGAGAGCACUUGUAGUUCAUCCAGGCACUGGAUACUUAUACUAUACAUCAUGGCACCUUCAAGCAUACAUUGGAAAAAUUGGUAUGGACGGUUCCAACUUUACGACCAUUUUGAACUGGGAAGAUGAUAUUGCCUGGCCGAAUGCUUUGACUAUUGAUUAUUUCACGGAUAGGAUUUAUUGGGCUGAUGCUCAUUUGGAUUAUAUUGGAUCUGCAGAUCUGGAGGGUAGACACAGGCAUAUAGUAUUAUCAGGCUCUAAAGUUCCACAUGUGUUUGCUCUUAGCCUCUUUGAUGACGAAAUUUAUUGGACUGAUUGGAAUCUCAAAGCUAUUAGUAAAGCGAACAAACAUUCUGGCGAAAAUUUAACGAUACUGAGAAAUACAACUCAUCGUCCAUACGAUAUUCACGUUGUCCAUCCGUUGAGGCAGUUGACAUACAAUAAUCCUUGUGGAAAAAAUAAUGGAGGUUGUUCUCAUCUUUGUCUUAUUGCACCGCCACAUGAAUCUAGUUACCUAAAUAUCGAGGGUUAUGGAGAAGAAGGAGAAACAACAUUUAAAUGUGCUUGUCCAAAUCAAUUCUAUUUAGCAAGAGAUAUGAAAACAUGUAUUGCAAAUUGUACUGAUGGUCAGCACAGAUGUAACGGGCGUGAUGAAAAGUGUAUACCUUGGUUUUGGAAGUGUGAUGGAGAGAAGGAUUGUAUGGAUGGUUCCGACGAACCCGACACCUGUCCUGUCAGACAUUGUAGAGCUGGAUCUUUCCAAUGUAAGAACACAAACUGCACUCCGGCAGCAACCAUUUGCGACGGAACCGAUGACUGUGGCGAUGGCAGCGAUGAGGCGAAAUGUGCUCAUGAAUGUCCUCUCUUAGAAUUCAAGUGCAAAGGUAGUGGUAGAUGUAUUUUGGACAGUUGGAAAUGUGACGGUGAUCCAGACUGCAAAGACAACAGUGAUGAAGACCCAGUGAUGUGUCACAACCGCCCAUGUAAUCCAGACACUGAAUUCUCAUGCAAAAACGGCAGAUGUAUACCCAAAUUAUGGAUGUGUGAUUUCGAUAAUGACUGUGGGGAUGACUCUGAUGAACCCGCCUACAUGUGCAGACAGAAAAAUUGUACUAAUGGUUGGAGACGGUGUCCAGGACAAUCAAACUAUAGAUGCAUACCAAAGUGGUUGUUCUGUGAUGGAAAAGAUGACUGCAGAGAUGGAUCCGAUGAAUUGUCCGAAAACUGUCCAUCUUGCAAUGCCGAAACUGACUUUACAUGCCAGAAUAAACGUUGUAUACCAAAACAGUGGCUAUGUGACUUUACCGACGAUUGUGGAGAUGGCAGCGAUGAAGCGGAAUCUGUGUGUCAACACAAGUACAGAGAAUGUUCUGAAUCUGAAUUCAAGUGUGGAAAUGGUAAAUGUAUCUCGUCCAGGUGGCGUUGUGACCAUGAAGAUGACUGUGGAGAUAAUAGUGAUGAAAUGGAUUGCGGUGGAUUUAAAUGUAAAAAUGGAACAUUCCAAUGUAAAUCUGGUCACUGUAUAGCAGCAUACUUUAGAUGCGAUGGCGAUAGAGAUUGCCGAGAUUUGUCUGAUGAAAUCGGAUGUCCUCCGCGAUUCCCUGGUGGCAGAUAUUGUCCGGAAAGCAGAUUCCAAUGCAGUAACAACUUGUGUGUGUCGCAAUCGGAUCUGUGCGAUGGAACGGAUGACUGUGGGGACGGAUCCGAUGAAGCCUCGUCCAUUUGCACUAACUUCAAUUGUGACACACUUCGACGAUUCCAUUGCGACAAUCAUCGCUGCGUGCCCAGGUAUCAAGUGUGCGACGGCAUAGACAACUGCGGCGACGGUUCGGACGAGAACAACAUGACGCUGUGCGCGAUGCGCACGCGACCGUGCGACCCGCUCACGCAGUUCCAGUGCGCCAACCGGCACUGCGUGGCGCGCUCGCAGCUGUGCGACCUGGCCGACGACUGCGGCGACGCCUCCGACGAGCUGGGCUGCCACCACGCACACGCCUGCCUACCCGCCGAUAAAGGCGGCUGCGAGCACUUCUGCACGAACCUGACGGCAGCGGGGGGCGGCUACAUCUGCACGUGCUUCCAGGGCUGGAUCACCUCGCGCGCCGACAGCAAGCGCUGCGAGGACGUGGACGAGUGCGCCACUGGAGUGCACCGCUGCGCCCAGCUCUGCACCAACCUCAACGGCAGCUACACCUGCAGCUGCCGGGACGGCUUCCGGUUGGCGGAUAGUCUUUCCGGUAUAUGUAAGGUCAUCAAGGACGACGUAGUUCUCAUGUACGCUAACGGUCCCGAAAUUCGGGCGUUCGUGCAGGACAAGAACGAACAAUUCGACGUCAUAACAUCUGAGAAGAGAAUCGAAGCGAUAGAUUACGACCCUAAAGAGGAAAUGGUAUUUUGGGCGGACAGCUACGAUAAGACCAUCAAACGUUCCUACAUGAUCAACGCCGUAAACGGUGAAGUCAAGAGCGGAUUCGCGCAGGAUCUCAACAUGAAGGGUAAUUCGAAGCCGACCGCAAUAGCCGUAGACUACAUAGGCGACAAUAUAUACUGGACCGAAACCGAUCGAACUGGUUCGAAGCCCAGAGGCCGCGUGAUGGUGGCGCGGACGGACGGCCGCUACCGGCGUGCGCUCGUGCCUGCGGGCAUCGAGAGCCCGACCUCCAUCGUUCUAGACCCGCAGCUCGGCAAGAUGUACUGGGCGGACGCGGGCUCGGCGCCCAAGAUCGAGAUAGCCUGGAUGGACGGCUCUAAGAGGCGGCCGUUGAUCACGGAGAACGUCAGACACCCGACCGGGCUGGCGAUCGACCUCGCGAUGGACCACACGAUCUACUGGGCUGACACGAAACUCAAUACGAUCGAGAUGAUGAAACACGAUGGCACUAACCGCAAGGUCAUCCUGAAGGGUGAUUUCCUGAAGCAUCCGCUAUCGUUGGACGUAUUUGAAUCGUCGCUAUACUGGGUGACGAGGGAUACCGGUGAACUGGUCCGCCAGGACAAGUUCGGGCGUGGAGUGCCAUUCGUCAUCUCCAAGGAUCUAGUCAACCCGUCGGCAGUGAAAGUGUACCACCCGCUGCGCUACAACUCGUCGCGCGGCGGCUGCUCGCGCGCGCCGUGCUCGCACCUGUGCCUGGCCGUGCCGGGCGGCCGCCGCUGCGCCUGCCCUGACGCGCUUACGCCGCCCAAGCGCGCCACACACGAGCUGGCCUGCGACGCGCCGGUGGAGCCGGCGCGGCCGGCGCCGCAGGUGUGCCGCUGCGAGAACGGCGGGCGCUGCGCGUGGGACGGCGCGGCGCUGCAGUGCGAGUGCCGCGCGCCGCUGGCGCCGCCGCUGUGCGCGCGCGCCGCGGCCGCCGCGGCGGGGCGCGCGCCCGCCGCCGUGCUGGUGCCCGUGCUGCUGCUGCUGGCGCUGGCGCUGGCCGGCGCCGCCGCCUGGCUCGUCGUGCGCAAGCGCCCCUUCGGCAAGGGCGGCGGCCUGGGCAGCCUGGCGUCGUCGCAGAGCGUGUCGUUCCGCGCGGGCUCCAACGUGGAGUUCGGCGCGGCGGCCGAGGCGGCGCCCGAGCCCGCGCGCAAGGGCCGCGACUUCAGCAACCCCAUGUACGACGCCGUCGCGCGCGCCGCCGCCGCCGGCGAGCCCGAGCCGCCGCUGCCGGGCAUCUACGAGGUGCCCGAGGAGCUGAAGGAGAAGGUGGUGUCGGCGGUCAUCUCGCCGUCGUCCACGGAGACGCGCGGCGGCAAGCGAGCGCGCGCGCUGGACCCCGCCGCCGACACGGGCGCCGACACACAGCAGCUGGUGCGCGAGGACCGCCACUGCUAGCGCGCUGCCGGCUGGCCCGCGGACACGGCCAAAUGGAGAAAUCGAUUUUUAAAAUUUUUUUUUUUUUAUUACAGACGAAAUAAAAAAUAUCGACUGAAUUUUUUAAAUAAAUCGAUUAUUAUUUUUAAUCGAUUCUCGAAAUCGAUUUUUCCUUAAUCGAUUUAUUUAAAAAAUACCUUUUUCGAAAGUCGCAUUCCUAUAACGGACGUUUAGGACGUUUCAAUGACAACGGUUUUUUACCCACGUUGCCGUUAAUGAUUCUCGCUACACUUUUUUAUUUUUGGUGGAAAUUUGAUUUAUGCGAUAUCUUGUUACUGUCUCUU